AUGCUCCGCUGCCUGCUCCAGCGGGCCUGCAACCUGCCCGGCUCAGAGCGGGGCGACAAACGCAGCGACCCGGUGGCCAGCCUGACUUUCCGAGCUGCCUUCUCUGCUUCAAAUUGUCCCAAGCAUGCUGCCACCCUGAGGCUGUGCCCCAUGGGUCCUGCUAGAGAGCCACAGGUUGUGCAUGCAGGUGGGCCGGUGCAGUUGAUACUUGUGCUGGGUGGGGUGACGGACGACAAGAGCGAUGAUGGGAAGUCCGUCUCGACUCUCAACUUCGGAGUGAACAGACCAAGCAUCUCCUGCAUCUUUGACUACGGAAAUCGCUACCAUCUGCGUUGCUACAUCUACCAGGCCAGGGGGCUGCUCGCCAUGGAUAAAGAAAGUUUUUCAGAUCCCUACGCCAUCGUCUCCUUCCUCCACCAGAGCCAGAAGACGGUGGUCGCAAAGAACACGCUAAACCCCACCUGGGAUCAAACGUUGAUCUUCUACGAGAUCGAAAUCUUCGGGGCUCCCCAAAAUGUUGCUGAAUCCCCUCCCGACAUCGUGAUCGAAAUCUACGACCAGGACACUUACGGUGCGGAUGAAUUCCUGGGCCGUUGUGUUUGCAAGCCCACCCUUGACCACACACCGAGAUUGUCCUGGUAUCCCAUCGUGAAGGGCAGCCGGAGAGCAGGGGAGCUCCUGGCGGCCUUUGAGCUGAUCCAGAGAGAGAAGCCAGCUGUCCAUCACAUCCCAGGCUUUGAGACAGAACUGGCGUCCGUUCUGGAUGAGUCUGCAGAUUCCGACCUGCCUUAUCCUCCACCCCAGAGGGAGCCCAACAUCUACAUGGUGCCCCAAGGAAUUAAGCCUGUCCUCCAGCGAACGGCCAUCGAGGUCUUGGCCUGGGGCCUUCGAAACCUGAAGAGCUACCAGUUGGCCAGCGUGACGUCUCCCAGCCUUCUGGUGGAGUGUGGUGGGCAGAUGGUCCAGUCAACUGUCAUCAAGAACCUGAAGAAGAACCCCAACUUUGACAUCUCCGUCCUCUUCAUGGAAGUGCGUCUGCCAAGAGAAGACCUCUACUGUCCUCCCAUCAUCAUCAAAGUCAUCGACAACAGGCCCUUCGGCCGCAAACCUGUGGUGGGCCAGUGCACCAUCCGAUCCCUGCAAGAAUUCUUCUGCGACCCCUACAAAGAAGACGCCGUAUUUCCUGAAACCCACGCAGAUGACACGGCCCUCACCCCAAAAGAUGAUGUUCUGAUUGACAUUGAUGACAAAGAACCUCUCAUCCCCGUCCAGCUUGCGGAUGGCAUGACCAGCUCGGCUUUAAUUAACACGCAAACCACUCGGCCUCAUUUCCAUGAAGAGGAAUUCAUCGACUGGUGGAGCAAAUUCUACGCGUCCACGGGCGAGCGAGAGAAAUGUGGCACCUACUUGGAGAAAGGCUUUGACACCCUCAAGAUCUACGAGACGGAGUUGGAGAAGGUCGAAGACUUUGGAGGCCUUUCGGAUUUCUGCCACACCUUUAAGCUGUCCCGCGGCAAAGCCCAGGAUGACAGGGAAGACCCCACCGUUGUUGGAGAAUUCAAGGGCUCGUUCAAGAUCUACCCUCUGCCCGACGACCCCACUGUGCCCGUCCCUCCGCGCCAGUUCCACCAGCUUCCAGCCCGAAGCCCCCAGGAGUGUCUCGUGCGGGUUUACAUCAUCCGGGCCUUUGAUCUGCAGCCAAAGGAUUCCAAUGGGAAAUGUGACCCUUACGUGAAGAUUUCAGUGGGGAAGAAGUCCAUCAACGAUCAAGACAAUUACAUCCCCUGCACCCUGGAUCCGGUCUUUGGAAAGAUGUUUGAGUUGACUUGUACGUUGCCCAUGGAGAAGGACUUGAAGAUCACCCUGUAUGACUACGACCUCUUGUCCAAAGACGAGAAGAUUGGGGAGACCACCAUCGACCUGGAGAACCGCUUCCUUUCCAGAUACGGGGCUCGCUGUGGCCUCCCGCAGACUUACUGCAUCUCCGGGCCCAACCGGUGGAGGGAUCAGCAGCGCCCCUCCCAGCUCCUCCAUCGCCUCUCCUGGCAGCUCCACGGGAAACCCCCCCUCUGCAGAACGGACCAGAUCCUCUUUGGAGACCAGACGUUCCGCCUCUCGGACCUGGAGGACAGCGAGCCCCCCAACCCCCACCUGGGCCCCCCGGAAGAACGGCUCGCCCUGCACGUCCUGCAGAAGCAACGCCUGGUCCCUGAACACGUGGAGACCCGGCAGCUGCACAGCCCCCUCCAGCCGGACAUCGAACAGGGCAAAGUUCAGCUUUGGGUGGACCUGUUUCCAAAAUCCCUUGGGCCACCGGGACCACCGUUCAACGUGAGCCUGCGAAGAGCGAAGAGGUUCUACUUGCGUUGCAUCAUCUGGAAUGCCCAAGACGUCAUCCUGGAUGAUCUCAGCAUCACCGGCCAGAAAAUGAGCGACAUCUACGUGAAAGGGUGGCUGGUCGGCUACGAGGAGAACAAGCAGAAGACAGAUGUGCACUACAGGUCACUGGGGGGCGAAGGCAACUUCAACUGGAGGUUUGUCUUCCCCUUUGAUUAUCUCCCUGCUGAGCAGGUCUGCUCCGUGGCGAAGAAGGAGCAUUUCUGGAGCUUGGACAAGACGGAGAACAGAGUCGCCCCCCAGCUGGUCCUUCAAAUCUGGGACAACGACAAAUUCUCCUUCGACGAUUACCUGGGCUCCAUCCAUCUGGACCUCAACUGCAUGCCGAAGCCAAGCAAGACCGCCGAAAAAUGCCAGUUGGACCUGCUGGAGACGCGGGGGAGGGAGGACUCGCUCUUUGAGCAGAAGACGGUCAAGGGCUGGUGGCCUUGCGUGACGGAGCAGGAAGGCACGAAGGCCCUUGCGGGCAAGCUAGAGAUGACCCUGGAGAUCAUCAAUGAACAAGAGCAUGAAGAACGGCCAGCUGGGCUGGGCCGGGAUGAACCCAACAUGAACCCCAAGCUAGAAGAACCAAAGCGCCCGGAGACUUCCUUCCUGUGGUUGACCUCACCCUACAAGACCUUAAAGUACAUCCUGUGGAGAAGGUUCAAGUGGGUCUUCCUCAUCUUCCUCCUGGUCUUCAUUCUGUUGCUCUUCCUGGGCAUCUUCAUCUACGCCUUCCCGAACUAUGCGGCCAUGAAACUGGUGAAGCCCUUCAGCUGAGCCCGCCCGCCUCCCGCAGCCGGACAAGAGACCAAGGAGACCUGUGAAGAUUGCAGGAGACCCCCCCCACCCCCCACCCCUUCCCACCCCACAGCUGCCUGGAAGGAAGGCGCACCAAGGUUGCCUUGUAGAAACCGGGCUAUGGAGAUGAAGCCCAGGCCUUAGAACCUGCCCGCUCUCCCUCCGGUUCAUCCCAAGCGCUAAUCCGGUGACCUGGCUGGAGAGACGUCCCGAGCUGCACCACCAUCGUCUCGUCUUCUUCUUCUGAAGAAGCCCUUCCUGGAGACCCUUGAAGGGGGCUUCUAUGACCUGCAAGGCCCCAGCCACCUGGCAGAGAGAGGGUGAGGACCAGGGCAUCCAGCAAGGGGGCCAAGACGGCGGCCGUGACUGGACAAUCCACGCUUGGUCACUUUGCUACCUCGCAGGUUUCUUGGAAUGCCUUGGACAUUUGCGUGGGUUGCUAGCGCAGAAUUCCUGCCCAGAAGUUUGGACCACAACUACAACUCCCAUCCUCCCCCCUGGGGGAAGAGGCCCAGCACAGCUGCAAGGGGGGAUGUGGCUCUUUCUUGCCACGCCCAGCACUGGAGACCCUCCGGAGGGCCACGUCCGUUAACCACGGUUGGCAAAAGGCAGACCUGACCUGUGCAGGAAAAGGAUCAGCAGACACACACACACACACACACACACCAGAGGUGGGUCGCUCCCGGUUUGGCCCGGAUCAGGCCAACCGGUAGUGGCAGCGGCGAGAGGCUCUUCCCAGCCGCCUGGACGCUUCGGCGCAUGAGUAGAAGCGCUGCGCAUGAUGCACACGAGUGCGCAUGUGCACACUAGGGGUGGGUUGUUGUGGUUUUACUACCGGUUCACACCCCCCCCCCCCGCGUGCCAGGCGUGCCUGCGCAGAACAAUGUACGGUGGGGCUGCACAUGUGCAGCCAGUAGAAACCAAAAUGGCGGCAGCCCAGCGGUGGCCAGGGAAGCGGUUUGGGGGGCGUGGCCAGCCUGGCUUGCUGCCAGUUCUGCAACCCAGCCCUGAAUCCCACUCCCUGGGUCAGCGCAACCGAGCGCAACCCACCUCUGGUGCACGCGAGCGACCCGGGAGUAGAAACAAUAUAAAGCAGUGUUUCUCAACCUUGGCCACUUGAAGAUGUCCGGACUUC